AUGGCCAGAGAAAGGUUAGGAGCCACUAGGCGACAGUAUCCUGUGGAGAAGCCCUCAGGCCUGGAGAACCUUCUCCAGACUGCAUCCUUUAAGGACCUCUUUCUGUGUCUGGCAGAGCCUUCAACAUUAUGUUAUAAAUGUAAACAAUAUCAUCUCGGGUUUUGCUAUGACGGCAUGAGGUCCUGCAACCUGAAGCACCAGCAGUCCUGUGCUAUUGAGAACAUUUACAUACUUACAAGAAAAGGGCGGAGUAUGUAUUUUUAUUCAAAACUUUCAUGUAUGACCAACUGUGAGGACAUCAACUUCUUGGGUUUUGAAAGGAGGACAGAGCUCAUCUGUUGCAAACAUAGUAACUACUGCAAUCUCCCUGAGGGAGUCUAG